UCACAGCGAACCAAGAGAGCAGGGUGUGGGCGAAGAGACCCCAGCCAGUCGAUCGUUCAAGAAAAAUACCAGCUUACCAACAACAGCAGCAGCAAGCCCACCCGUUCGACGACAUGGCCCGCCUCGGCGCCGGCGCCGUGUUGGCGCUCCUAGUGGCGGUCGCGGCGGUGGCCGCGUUCCUCGCGGUGCCGGCCUCGGCGAAGUCCGGGGAGCUGAGCGCGAUGGGGUUGCUGGCGGCGAAGGGCGGCAGCGGCGCGGGCCCGCAGAAGUGCUCGGGCGCGGUGGGCGAGUGCGACGUGGACGAGGCGGAGGAGCUCGGGCUGAGCGGCGGCGGCCUCGGCUCCGACGACGCGGUGCGGCGGACGCUGGCGCAGCGGAAGCCGACCAACCGGUACAUCAGCUACGCGGCGCUGCGCGCGGACCAGGUGCCGUGCAACAAGCGCGGCCGGUCCUACUACAGCAACUGCGAGGCGCAGAAGGCCGCCAACCCCUACCGCCGCGGCUGCUCCGCCAUCACGCGCUGCGCCCGCAACAUGAACUGAGCCCAGCGCUAGCUGCUGCCGGGGCGCGCCGUCGUCGCCGAGCCGGUCGGUCUGGUCUGGUCUGGUCUGCCUGCCUGCCAGGUCACGCAGCCUGGCUCCACCGAUCGCACACCAUACAUUGACGUCGUCGUCGCGGCCGUACGUGCCGUUGGACGGUGGAGGAGGCGGUGGCGCUACGACAGUAUAUAUAUACACAAUUACACAUACACACCCCAAAAAGAAAAGAAAAAAACUACUGCCAUUGCUGUCGUUGUGCGUAGCUUCUCUCUAUAUAUAUACCCGUAUUUAAAUUCUCGACAAAAUUUGUUUGACCACGGUGAUCUGUCAUAUAUGUCGUCCAUUGAUUUGUGUUAAUUUGACAAAAGACGUUGAAAAGAAGCUGCACUACUCUACUGUGC